AUGCUUUACACUGCUCAGAGCUUAAUCAAGGAAGAAGUAGUAAAGGCAGCUACGGCCAGUAGCGCAACAGACAUAGAGCACGCAUGGGUUUCGAUUCCAGUAAAGAGCAGCUCGGAAAUUGGUGAGUGGACGCCGACUAACAAGACUAGAAGGAGUCCCAAUCAGGGUCUAGAUGAUAACAGGUGGGGCAAUGUCAAAACAUGGACGUUCGUGCGGUUUCUCGCCAGUUCCUUCGCCAAGAUGUUACUGGAGAACGCCAUGGGAAACGGCGGCGACUUGCCAGGCAUGAAGAAACUGGCUAUCAAUGGUUGA